AUGACAAGAUGCCCUGCAUGCCCACGUAUCGCACCCCUGAAGCGGCUAGUCACAACGACCGACAAGAAUGGCAACCUUGGGCGGGAAUUCGUGAAAUGCGAGAGCAAACCAGAGCAGGGAAAGAAAUUGAAGCAAUGCACCCAUUUUGAGUGGCUAGAUGAGUACAUAGAGCGGAUUCAACUGGAGGGUGCAUCAGGGGAGCUCGAUUUACUGUUGGAGGCGGAGAAGUUGGGCAAGUUUGGAUCGGGCGCAUCUGGAUCCGGGGCCCCUGGAUCUGGCAAUUCCAUCGGGGGCGCCCGCCCUUCCAUUGGUGCUACUGUGGGGGAUGCAGGAGUGACGGCAGAGCUGAAGAAGCUGAACAAGCAGAUGAAGAAACUCAUCAAAUUGCAGAAGCAGGGCAAUUUGAUGGGGCUCAUGGCCGCACUUUUUUAUGUUUGUGUAAUUGGUCUCGCACUUGUUUAUGUGAUGAUAAUUAGUCGUAAGUGA